UUAAUGGACGAGAUUGAGGAAAAUGAAUUAGGUGAAGUUCCUGUGAAUACCUGUCACAUUGAAGAGGAAUAUGAAGAUGAUUUUGAAGAAGAUGUGGAUGAAGAUCACAAAUUUGAUGAAACAGGUUCUCUGGAUGCAUUUGAAGAUGAAAUAGAAACUUUAGAAUGGAAUUCUGCCACUGAUAAGACUGGUAUAUUAGAUGUACCUAUUGUGGAGGAUAAAGUAUCUCAUAAUUUGCACCAGGAAACAUUACUGAAAGAAUCAAAAACAAAUUUAGGUGAUGUUGUUGAACAAGAAGCUGUUCUUAAUGCUGAUGAUGAUAAAGAUGAUAAUGAUUUGAUAAAUGAUAUAGAUGAUGUUGUUAAACACAAAGCUGUUGAUAAUGCUGAUGAUGAUAAUGAUUUGAUAAAUGAUAUAGAUGAUGUUGUUAAACACAAAGUUGUUGAUAAUGAUUUGAUAAAUAAUGUAGUUGAACAGGAAGUUAUUGUUGACAAUGGUAAUGCUUUAAUUGAUGUUACCGAUGGUGUGGUUGCUAUUAAUAGUGACAAUACAAAGAAAGAUUCACUGGAUGAAAAGCAAGACACAGUUCAUGUAGAACAAUUGAAUGGUAUUGAUGAGAUCGAGAAAAGUUCUGAUUCUGAUGAAGCUAACAUAGCUGAAAUAUAUGGAGCAACCUUGGCAUAUAUUGAUGACCAAUCUGAGAGUGUUUCAGAGAAAGACGAUCUAACAAGUAAUGACACCAUGGAUGCUGUGGACAGGGAGAAAGACUUCGAAGAGUUAGCAUGCUUUACACCAAGAGAGGAUAAACCUAAUGGAAAUGUAGUGAACCAUGAUACUGAGCAUGUAGAAUCUUAUGAACAGAAUCUGGCAGAUGUAUAUGGAGAAACUUUAGCUAGAAUAGAGACUACGGAGUCACCAGUUGAUGAGAAAAAGAUUGAGGACAUAUUUAGGUAUCAACAAAGCAUUGGUGAUUCAGCAGAGAUACUCACAGCUGAUGAGAAGCAGGAUUUGGCAGUUGGAGAAAAGUCACAAUUGAUGGAUGAAGAUAUCAAAGAUGAUACUAUAAAAGCUGAGAUUCAAAGUCUGAAAUCUAUGUGUGAGAAUACAGAGGACAAGGAGGCUGUAAUAGAUGAUUCAUUUACUAGCUUUGUUGUAAUAGAUGAUGAUGUAGCAGGUAAUCAAGAGAGGUUUGCAGUAUCAGAUGAAGAAGUAGAAAUGGGUGUAGAAUGUUUAGAAAACAAGUCUUAUGUGAACACCCCUGAAUGCACUCCUGAACUGAACAUUGAUGCUAGGAAUAUUACUGUCCGGAAAGUAAGAACACUUGAAAGUGUUUCUUCUGAUUUUGCAAUAAUUUCAUGUUCAGAUCCUUCUUUGGUUUCACAUGAUAUUCCUAGUAUUUGUGACUUUGAAAAGGAGAGUGAAGUGGAAGAAAGUUUUUGUAACAUAUCACUUGCUGGCCAGACAACAGACUCAGCAACUAUUCAAGACCUUGACGUUUCUUUUAAUAGUACAUGUGAAGACUCUAGCAAUAUAUAUGCCACUCCAGAUAGUAGCCUUAAUUAUGGUGACACAUUUUUUGAAUCCCUUGACAAGACAGACAGAACAUCAACAAUGUCCACGGAACAUUCAUCUCGGCCUGAAUCAGUUAUAUCAUUGGAAAAUAUUGACUGUAUAAAUGAGGAUCUGAAUAUCUCUAUUAUGAGUACAGAUUCAGACUCAAAUGAUUCCAUCCGUGAGACCUUAGAAAUGUAUGCUAAGGAACUGGAAUACCAGAGUACACGGGAUGCAGGGGGAGAUGAAGAUACACUGCCAAGGACUCCUGGAGAUGAGUCAAAACUCUUUCCUACAGUAGAACUCAAAGAUCAGAGAAACAAUGUGCAGAGUAGGGAUGAAAUGGAAACUAAGACAAAGAAUGAAAUGGAAACUAAGACAAAGAAUGAAAUGGAAAUUAGGACAAAGGAUGAAAUGAAAACUAAGACAAAGAAUGAAAUGGAAAUUAGGACAAAGGAUGAAAUGAAAAUUGGGACAAAGGAUGAAAUGCCCAUCCUUGAGGUAAAAGAGAAAGAAACCCAGAAGACAAAAAAGAAGCACCAAAAAAAGAAAAUGCAUGUUGAUUCGUUUGAUGAUAUAUUUGUGAAAGAGAAUAGAUCAGCUGAAGUUGUCAAUAAAAAAUCAGACAAAGCUAGGACUGAGAAGAAAGUCAAAGGUAAGGCUAAAAAAUAUGUUGCCUCAGAUGUUAAUGAUGAGUCAUCGGCUGCAAAGUGUGACACCUUGUCUGCUAAAGGUGAUACUGUCUACAAAGGUACGGCUAAAGCAAAGGUUGAAGAAAAGAGGAAAGAGUCAGAAUCUGCCUUGAAAUAUCGACCUCUUCCAGUAGCUCCAUCAGCACUUAAGGGAGCUGUGAAGUCAGAUGAAGGUGGAGUAACUAAGUCAAAGACACCAAAACAUGAAAUUAGAAAAGAGAAAAAAACAUUUGACCAAUUACCAAGUAAAAAAGGAAGCAGAGACUCAUCUCCUGUUGUCACGGUUUCUCCUGGUGAUAAGGAAGUGGAAUUCAACAAGAGUCCUAAGAAAGCUGGGAAAAAAUUAUCUAGUACAGGAAAAGCUUGUGGAUCUGCUGAUGGAAAAUCCCCUAAGUCACCAAAGGAAAGAAAGGGUAAUACUCUUAAAAAACUCAAAGAUGAAAUCAAAAAAAUUGAUUUGGAUGGCAAGUCUAAAAGUCCAUCAAAAAGCAAACCUGACACUAGUCUUGUGAAGGAGAGUUCUAAAAGCAAAAUGAAUAACAAAAAGAAGAAUGAGAAUACAAGAGAGAAGUCGCCAGAGAAGAAAGUGCUAGCACCUCUUGCUAAACUUGAUAUGUCAGAUGAUCUACUUUCUGAUGAUUGUGUAUUAAUGGAUCAACCCUCUGUGAAGCCCAAGGUACAAACAAGUGGUAGUUACAAACCAAGGCCACUUCCCCCAAGACCAGAUACGAAGGUGAUGGCAGUGGCAGUAUAGUUAGUACUGGAGAUCAAGUGCAUCUUCUACAUCCAGUGACAUCGAAGAUCUUUCUGGAAUGGUACCACCACUAUCA